GAGCCAGAUUGCGAUGCUGUGAUUCAGCCCUGAACUAGCGAAGCGACUUGGCAAGCCACGCUGCAGCCACAGCUGAAGAUAGGGGCAAGCGCCAACGUCACGAAGAGACGGAGAGAUAGGCAAUUGAACCCUUCGCUGGAUUAAUGGAAGCCCCGAACCGUCAUUCUGCUCGAAAGCUCAGGAGGAUUCGGUUAUUGAGCUGAUAUCAGGAGGAACCACCGCCUUGCACGGAUCGGCCCAAACCCUGCUGAACGGACGAUGCGAACGCAGAAAUCCCUGAUCGCGAUAGCAGCGGCGUGCUGCCUCCUCUUCCUCAUCUCCCUCAACGCGCGCUUCGAGAAGGUCACUGCGACAACUCCCUUUCCCUUCUCCUUCACACGACACGAGGAGGCGGAAUCGACUGGCGGAUAUCCGUACGUGAAGCCAACCCCACUGCCUUGGCAUCCGCCUAUACCCAGCAAUAGGACGACAUCAAAACCGCCCAAUCGAGCCAUCAUUUUAGCGAAGCUCGAGCACCAAGACACAUCCCGGGUUACCAAUGGUCUUUCGGAAUGGCAGUCCGUUAUCCACACGGUUGACAACAGCUUCUCGAGGCUAUAUGCCGGUGGAGAGAGCACCGACAGGGGACGCAUCGCGGACGCGUACCUCAGAUACAUCAUCGACAACUACUACCGCCUUCCGACUACAAUGGUCUUCUUGAAUCCAGCACGCAACGACUACGCGGCCUCCAAUUUCGAUAUCAGCAAGGCGCUUCAGGACCUGGAUAUGGAAUUCAUUCAAACGGCCGGCUUCGCCAGCCUGCGCUGUUCCUCCCAAAGCACCUGCCGCGACGCGAUUCUUCCGUUCCGCUCUCCACCAGACGAGUUCCGGGUCCUGGAGGUUGCACUGCCAGCAGCGUGGAAGGAUCUCUUCAACAAGACGGACGUUCCGGUGGAGCUUGCUGCUCCAUGUUGCUCUGAAUUUGCCGUCAGCAGAGACCAGGUGCAGAAGAGAGCAGUUGAUGAGUACUUGAGGUACUGGAGCUGGUUGCACAAGACGAAGAUGGACGACGACACGGCAGGCUUUGUUUUCGAGUAUCUUUGGCAUUUGAUAUUUGGGAGAGAUGCGAUGUAUUGUCCAGAGGUUUCGCAAUGUGAGUGCGAUCUAUACAGGCGGUGUUGAGGAUGGCUUCGGCCCCGCCUUCCUCAUCCCAACCACGGUCGCACCUUCCUUCUGGACCACAUCAAGUGCCACGAUUGUCUUUUCAAUUUGCCUUCAACCCACUAUGCGUC